UCCUCACCUCUAAUCUGAGGCCACACGUCAAUCAAGCAUGGCGGUUAAAGACUUAAGAUGAGAAUGAUGGGAAAUUAAGGAGACCAAAAGGACCCAGGGUGACUAAAACAGUGCCUGACUAUAAUUAAAGUUAAACUUUGAAGGCGAAGACUUCGUUGCUACUUUAUGUUCUUCGUGUUGUAACUGAAUGUACUUAUGGGCAAAUUGUAACAUUAAUCAGACUAGCCAACAAUUCAUUUAUGAUGGAGAAAUCAUUCAAGCGCCGAAGGAGCAACGUUUUUCUGUUACGCUCCUUCUAGUUAUCAAAGAUCGUUUGUCACCCGAUCCCGCUUUAAGGCAGGUUAGGCAGGUGUUGUCAUGAAGGUGUGGGGCGGGGGAUAGUUUUCCCGUGUUAAACUGUUGCUUUUCUGUUUUAGAAAACAAAGUGCAACACGGAUAACUGACAUUUAAAAAAAAUUAAUGUUUUGGCAAUGGCAUUUCAACACAUCAGCACAUUGAAGCGAACCAACCUGCAAAAACACGAGACGUCAUAAAUAGAUGAUCAUUAUCACUAUGGUUACAAAUUAACAACCAUAUUCUUAAUGUCCAUAAUAACUCCUUAUUUGUACAUGUUACGCUCAGAAUGUUUGCGAUUAAUGUUAGGUACUGUUACGUUCAAAGAACGUGCCUUUGUGGCGUUUUCCAUUUUGAUUACUAUAUUAAUUGCGCUACUGUUUUGUCAUAAGACUUAAUCAGAAUUUAUAUACAAGACCACCUUAUUUUCAGAGAACAGACACUGACAACAAGACGAUCUGGAAAGCUGAAAUGAUGACAGCAGAGAAGUUCAAAGAGUACUUCAACAUAUGGAGCAACCUUUUAAUAGAGGGCCUGGACAUGCUGUCGCGAGAGGAAAACCUCGAGCUCGUCCACGUCCAGGACGUGUUCGAGCACAUCCUCCUGUCGAAGCGCGAGCUGGAGGCCGGACUGCGCGGGUCCCUCCGCGCGACUGACGCCGCCGUGUCCCGCAUGCGCGCGGAACUCGGCGGGGCGGCCGAGGACCUGGAGGUGCACAAUUUCGGACAGCCGAGAACGCGAGCUGGACAGGAGAAGCUGCGCCAGGCGCUGUGCGACGUCAGGGUCACCUUCGAAAAAGCUCUGCAGGAGCUGGAGGUCAGCACAUCCCAAGUCCUCAAGGAGAACGUCACAGCCGUGUCCCAGCUCCAGCAUGCCCUGCAAAGGAAGUCUGAAGACAUGGAGGAGCUGCAGAAGUGUCUUGCGGGAGCCAAUAAGGAGAUGGCGCUCAUGGAGCUGCAGUUCACUGAGCACGAGGCUAAAUUCAAGGACCAGGAGGCCAAAGGCCUGGGCCUCAGCAGAACCCUGGAGGCCAAGGAGAGAGAGCUUCAGGGCCUCCACGCUCUGGAGGAAGGCAGGGCCCUGGAGCUGCUCGGCGCCAAGGCCGCCUUCGAGGACGCCAAGCGGGAGCUGGAAGCCGAGGCCUCGCGGCUCCUCGCGGAGCGAGACGCGGCCGUUUCUCGGCUUCAGGAAGCCACGAGGAAGAACGCGCAGGACGUGGAGGAGGCGCGGAAGCUCCUGGUGGAGGCCAGAGCGGAGACGGCCCACAAGGAGACGCUGCUCCGCGAGAGCGAGGUCAAACUGGGCGACCAGACGGCCAAAGUCCAGAACCUCGCCGCAAGCCUGGAGGAGAAGGACCAGGAGCUCCAGAAGCAGCACGCCGUGCAGAAGAGGCGAGAGGUGGAGAUCCGCGACGUCCGGGUGGCCUUCGAGAAAGCCGUGCUGGAGCUGGAGUCCAACGCGUCCUACGUCCUGCGCGAGAACGAGCUCAUGCUGUCUCAGCUCCAGGGGACCCCGAGCGGGAAGUCGGAGGACUUGGAGGACCUGCAGAAUGUCCUGGUAGAGACGGCCCGUGAAGAGCUGACGCUUCCACAACAUGAGCUUAAAAUGGAGGAUCAUAGGAGUGAAGGCCACAACCUCACCACAACUCUGGAGGGGAAGGGUCCAGAGCUCCUGCACAAGGCGGAGCUCCAGGGCCUGAGGAGGCACGGGGAGGAGAUGCUCCAGGCUAGGGAUCAUCUCUGCAAGGAGGCCACAGAGUCUAGGAAAUACCCAGAGACGGACGCGGAGAAGGAGAGGCGGAGACAGCAGCCGGGCGGCGAAAGCGGGGGGGCGAAGAGCUUCGGAGAAGUGGCGGAGACAGCCGAGGAAGGACUGAGGAAGACUCCGGCCCUCCUGCACUCCGUUUCCCAAACUCCAGAUCAAGACUGGGACCACUGUGCCACCUGGUGGCAGAUUUUGGAAGGGAAGGAGACUGCCAAGGCAGGCAGGCGCCAGAAAGAAGAACAGGCCAAGAUGCUGCGAGCAAAAAUACACCUGAAAGUGAAGAACGGACCCUGUCAAAUACAGCUUCUUUAAGAAACCCCAUGAUCACAUUCAAAAUGAGGAACAUUCAUAUGCUUGCGUGAGCCCAAUUUUCCAAAGGCGGUUAUGGUUCAGCAAUGCUGUGGGUUAGUUCAGGACAUUAUGAUUGUGUCUGAUCACUAUGGGCGAGGCAACUGUGAUUUGUAGCACAUUUAAAAUCUUAAUAAAUAUGUUAACUAUUUAAUACAGACCCGUUUCGCAUUUUAUAUUUAUAGCAUUUUCUCCUUCCACAAGAAAGGAAAAUGCAGUGGACACUUGUACAGAUAUCCAAGGGGAAAAACCCAUGCAAUUUUGUGACAUUUGCUCAUUCCUGUACAACCCAACCCAAUAAAAUGAGUGGAGCAGCA